UCCCGCCGCCCCAGCAUCAUCCGGAGGAAUGAUGCGACCAGCGGUCUUGGGCAUUUCUAUUUCGAGGCAAAUUUCGGGAAAGAUACUACGACGAAGAGAAAUGAAGCUUUAUGGAACCCACCUACUGCUGUUGCCAAAGCGAUCUACCGAGAUGACAGAGUG